AGGACCCCAAUAUCAAACAGUAUGAUGAAGAAAUAUCCAUACCUAUUUUUUCAUAUUUAUCUUUUUACUUUCUAGUGUUGCUUCUUUUCUACCACUACCCGAGGUCGCGCUGACGUUGACUUGCCAAGCGAGGAUAUGUUGGGAAGCAGCGCUCGGUGCCGGCAGUAUUUAGUAUGUAGCUUGCAAGAAUUCUUUUCACUUUGAUCAUUCAACUGGAAUCUUGCAAGUGCUACGCAUCUUUUGUGAAGCUUUACCAGUUUCUGUUUCUCCUGAGUACUCAAUGAUUUGACAUCUCCUAAAAAGCGAGACUCGCCGGCGAUAAUUUUUCCAUUGCCUGUAUCACCAUCGCCGUUCUUCCCCGAUGACAGAAGCGAUGUUGAUCGUUUGUCGGCUGAUAUUAACGCUUUUUUGCGCAGGGAAACAAACCGGAAUUGGUUCUUUGUCGUGGUUGGCUCUAUUAAUUGUUUUGAAGAGCUCGCUACUAGUGGACCCUGUCUUCGGGAGUCCUUACCUGGUGACGACCUCUCAGCCGGGUGCGUACACGAACCUGCAGCACCUGAAGAACCCGCUGUGCCUUGCGGAGUGGUCGGGCUACGCUUUCGGGACCAGUUUGGGGUGGUGCGGCAGUGAUGAGAGCAGUAAGCGCAUCCAUGUGAACAACAACGCGGGGAAUACGAUCAAGACGUGCGACCAAGAGUGCCGCAACACCGCGGGGUGCACCCACUACGUGAUGAACAAGGACGACAGUCCCAUGUCCUGCACGUUCUACCGGACGGGGUGCCAGGACCGGAAUCCCGCUUUCGGGGACAAGCCGCACGACACCGUCGCGAACGUGGUGAAGCGGCUGCAAGCCUACAGCAUCGAGCGCAACCUGGCCCAGUGCGCGGAGUCCUACGAGGUUCCGCAACUGCGCAAUCCGGAUACGGAGUGCGCGCACAUCAUGGCGACCUGCGGCAGUAGCGGGUACGACACCAAGAACCUGUACAACUACGUGGAUCGCUACUACCACAAAGACGAGUGCCGGUACCUCUGCGCCAUGACGGAAAAGUGCACCCAGUUUGUCUGGGGCUACACCGCCGCGGGCUCGGACGCCACGUCGGGGCACUGCCUGCUGUUCAAAGACACGUGCACCGUGGACAAUAGCGCGUCCGCGACUUUAAAGGGCUACAGCCUCAGCCAGUGCAAGCUGGUCGGCCAGGUGUGCCCGUCCAGCGGCCAGGGGACGUGCGAAAAUAACAGUGAGUUUGACACUCAUAGCGUAACCCGGGUUUACCAGUCCAGCAGUACCUGGGACACGUACCUCACCGACUAUGAUUUGUUCUGCCGAGGCCGAGGAUACCACCGCAGUUGCAGUGCACUGCUGAAGGACCGUGCGGGGGGCGGGGUCGGCACCUUCUACCAAUCGGGCUGUGUUUGGCAGCCCAGCACCUCGAAUUCGUACAUGAAGUACGACCUGCAGCUGAACACGCGCAAGUGUAAGCGGUGGGUGCCGCGCGUGGACGGAACCAGCUGCCCGGUGCAGUUUACAAGCGUCUGCGGCGGAAACUCCGACGGAUCCAAGGAUUUGUACACCGUGGGUUACACCGCGGUCUACAACGGCCGGGUUCACACCGCCGCGGAGUGUCGCUACCUGUGUUCGGAAACUCCGGAGUGCGGCACCUUUAUCGUGCAGGCGUCAAACGGGUGGUGCUAUCUGUACAAGGCAGGCUGCACGGCGGACACAUCGAACUCCGACUACUCGGCCUACACCAUGAGUACGUGCAACCUCAAGAGCGAGGGCACGUCAGGCGCGUUUGUGUCUCCAACUGGUUUGACCCCGACCGCAUCGUCGGGCUCGACGAGCCACUACUCGCUCCUGCGCCAGGAGUCCGAUUUCACGGAUUACGCUGGUGCGACCUAUGUGUCAGGCAUCGGAGUUUGCAGUACGUACUCGCAAGACGGAACAGGCAAAGCCUGGUGGCAAGCAACGUUCACCGACAAUGCUCUCCACUAUGUCACGGGGUUCAUGAUUUUUCAGAACACCGCGGGUGGGGCGACCUGCAACACGGGGCUUACCAGCUCGGGGCAGUUCAUCUACACCGGCGAUACAACCACCACUGUGAGUGCCCCGAGCUCCAUUUCCGGGACUGGGACCUGGGUUACGGUGAACCAAAAUUUGCGCAGCAUCCGGAUCAGCUCGACCGCAAGCACGAUGUGCUUUUGCGGUAUCUGGGUGUACGAAACUACCACGACCACGACUACCUCGACGCCCGGCGCCGUCAUGCCUGCUUCGAUCGCGCACUUGGUGUCGCCCGUGUGUGUUGCGGCGUGGCCGGGCACGUGCGACUCCGAAGCGACGCACCGUGUAGGCUCCACGUACAGCAGUGUCACGAUCGCGCAGUGCGACGCCCAUUGCCGCAGUACCUCCGGCUGUGCGUCCUUCAAUUUUAAUAUGGAAGACAACGCGUCGAAGGGCACCUGCCUCCUGCACUCGGCCGCAUGUAGUACGGCGAGCAGUUCCACCGCGAACAAUCUGAACAGCGUGCAAUUCCAAAUCGCAAGGAACCUGGACCUCUGCAUCGACCGGCACCAGGCGCCCGUCGUGAGCUCGUUCUCCGCGGCGUUCAACGGCGGGUGUACCCCGCCCGGCGGAACAACAAGCGCGGCGCAAACGGUCGCCGUGUACCGGGACCGGCUCUACACGGUCGCCGAGUGCCGAUACCUCUGCGCGACGAGCGAGGGGUGCGCCGCGUUUUUUUUAACAACGACCACCGGGUACUGCGAGCUGAAGCGCAGUGGUUGUACGGUUGACAGCAGUCAGAGCGCGAGCAUGCAAGGCUACAACCUUGCCGCGUGCAGCCUGGAGGGGCGCGUGUGUCCCGCGGUCUGGAGUGGGUGGUGCAUGCAGCGCGACACGCUGCAAAUCACGUCUGGGAUCACAACCGUGGACCAGUCUGCAACCCUGCUGAACAACCGGGUCACGGACCUGGACCUCUUUUGCCGGGGCCGCGGCUACGGGACGAACUGCAAAUCGGUGUCUCGCCACGGACAUUCGACAAAUCCUUCGUACUUCAGGGAGGGGUGUACGCAAGACGUUUCUGCUUUCAACCACAUGCAGUGGAGCAUGGCGGAAAACAGCGCCAAGUGCCGCAACGCGGGGAAAGUGCCGCGCAUCGACAGCUGCAACCAGCAAUGGCAGGGUACCUGCGCGAACUGGUACAGUAAGCAGAUUGGCGCCGGGACGAUCUACAACGACCGAAGUUACUCCAUUGCCGAGUGCCGAUACCUGUGUGCGGAAACCACGGGGUGUGCUGCUUUCACGAGGCGGAUCGUCACCGGCGAAUGUGCGCUGUUCCAAGAAGGCUGCGAGCGGACCACCGAGUUACCGCGGGACCAUAUGUUCUACAGCAUGAGUGCCUGCACGAUAAAUUCGUUGGACAGCUCGAUCUUGCCGUCCUACACAUUAAUCCCCUACGCGAGCGUGACGACCAGUUACUCCGGUACCAACCAGGCGGGUGACUACCCGGCGAAGCCACUGGUGGUCCGCGAAGAGUACGACUGGACGGUGUUCACCUCGGCCACGGGGUGCAACUACAUCACGCAGGAUGGCUCCGGCAAGGCUUGGUGGGAGUCCGAGUUCAAAGACGGCGGGUAUCACAACGUGACCGGCUUCAUGAUCUUCGGGCACGGGGGCAACGGAUGCCUGACCAAUCUGAACGGCGCCAACGGGGGGGAGGUGAUCUACACCGGCGUCGCCCAAGUUGGCGACACGAGUGAAGUGGUAACCACCAACGCGGCGCCGGCGAUGUCCACGUCUGGGGUUUGGGUGCCGGUGGACAGUCUCGUCAAGAAAAUACGCCUCAGUCGAGCGGGGGCGGAUAUUUGCUUCUGUGGCAUCUGGGUGUACGAAAUUGUCACGACGACGACCACUACGACUACAACGAUUUCCAGCACAACCACCACCACCUCAACAACAACGAGCACUACCACUAGUACGUCUACCACUACGACAGCCGCGGCUUCCACUGGCGCAACGGGCGGAAGCGGCUCAACAGGUGGAUCAGCCACGACCACCGGGGGCAGCGGCUCGACGACGGGCGGCGCUAGCACAACUGGCGGGACGAGCGGCUCGUCUAGUGCAACUGGCGGGUCGUCCAGCAGUAGCGGCGGUAGCGGUUCUGCAACUACAGGUGGAUCCGGCACAACUGGCGGCACUAGCGGGUCCUCCGCAACAGGAACUGGAUCUAGUACUACAACCAGCGGCGCUUCGGCCGCAGGCGGCUCCACAGCAGGUGGAAGUGGAAGUAGUGCGACGGGUGGUACGACUAGUACGGACCCAGAGACUUCUACAAGUACUACCACCACCACGACGACCACGGCGAUAAGUUACGCACUGUUCGUGCUUUCGGGUAACUUCUCGCACACGACGGACUUGACUUCCAGUGGGGCCUUUGCAAACGCGUGGAAGGGCGCCACGUCGGUCGCGCUGGGGAUUCAACUCUCCAACAUUGUGGGCGUCUCGGUAGUGCAGGUGGUAGGGAGCAGCAGCCCGCGGAAGCGGAGCCUGUCGACGCGGCAGCAUCUGCGCGUGACCUCCGAGUUGAUCGUGCCGGACCCCGCCAUGCGCGAUUUCAUAGUGAACCGGGUUUCCAACUCGACAACGGUUGUGGAAUACAUGGCGCCCGAUUUGACUGCACGCAUGCCCGGUUUGAUAGUGCACACCAUAGAGAUCCUGCAGCAGGCAGGCGCGGGAUUCUUGGGACCAGCCACCAUCGAAAUGCAGAUUGAUAGCUCCGGCGGGGACGAGGAAGAUUCGUCAGGCGGUGGUCUCAUCAUAAUUGUCAUCGUCAUCGCGUGCUUGCUGAUUGCAGGCGUCGGCAAAGUUUACUACCAACGAUCGUCCCAGGUGGAGGCUGACAACUACGACGAAAAGCAGGGUGGGGAGGCAGAGCCGCAGUUCGGGCAGAAGGUGGAGCUCGCGAUUAAAGAUAAGGAUCGGGCGGUGUUCGAGGAGGACGAGGGGGACGCGGAGGGGAAAAAGAUGACGGGCGAGGGAGAAGCAGAUAUCACCGACAUUUUCAUAGACGCCUCCAGCAAUCCUCCGGAUAGCAACUCCGAUACAGCUGCGAACGCACUAAAACAGCCUGGCGCCCAGCAGCCACACAAACUAGCAAUUCGAAGUGACAAUCUGCAGGGACGUAGAGCGUCAAAUGCGAUGAAGGACGAAGACGCCGCUGCGCUCGCCGAUGCUCAGCUGCUGGCUACGAAGCGUAACCCUUCACGCGUAGGAGAGAGAUCGUGUCUGUCUCCGUGUCCGAGUUUCACCUUGUCCUAAAUGUGCAUGUGCAUUAUGUCUAAGUAAGUAAAGUACUAGCAGAAGCAGAAACACUCCGGCACAGGGGCCAGAGAUUGAGCAAGGUUGUAUCUCGAAUGAGACAAGACACGACUUUUUUCUCCAGCUGUUUUUCACUCUCAUAAAGGAAACCUCCUUCUUUCACACCACGUCCGCAAAGAUUCCCCGGAUGAAGCGUGGCAUGAGCGGCUCAGCGCCGCACAUCGGCUCCCUUAUCAGCAACGAUGCAGAACCUCAUUUUCACAGCACGACCCCGGCGAAAAUUCCCCGGAUUAAGCGCGGUAUGAGCGGCGCGGCGCCUCACAUAGGUUCUCUUCAGGGAUCUAGCAAUACUCUUUCGGCGGAACAAACAACUUUAGCGAUCGCCGAUGGCGUUGCCGACGAGUCGCUCGCACCGAAUCAUGAAAGAUCGUCCGCUGACAUGGUCUGAAGAGUCGGAACAUCAUUUAACUUUUGUCAAGAUAAAGCGUUGGUUGCCCUCAUUAUUCCCAUUCGUCUCAGAGGGGUUUAUCCGCGUUGACAUUCCCAUUCCCGUCAAACACAUACCGGUGAGUACAACAUGACGCGAGCUCGUACAAAAAGAACCAUGCUCGAUUGCGCAGGAGAGGAUAACACUGCAAACCAAAGUUUGUUGUAGCCGUGGUCGAAAGAUCUUCUUGCUAAUUGCACGUUGACAGGAGCAGCUUCAUCUUUGUAGCUGUCAAUCUUGUUUCCGUUGCGGAGAGACGGAUGCGAGUCACUAC